AUGCCUCUCAAUGGUCGUGAUGAGACCAUGCAAUUUCCCCCCAACGUGAAGACGCAGCCAAUGUCUACGAACGGCUCGAACAAUGGUCUUGCCUCGAACCCGCAAAUCACGAGUCAGCAACGUCACGUUGCUCUUCAAUCUGCCCGAGACGGUCCAGGUGUACAUACUCCAGCUCGACCUGCUUCCAGGCUGCAAAAUGAGAGACCACUGUCCGAGCAAGCUGACGGCUCUGAGACGGUAGUCAAGCAACAAGUCAUUCCUCCUCGUGAAUUUGACGCACGUGUACCUCUUGGUCCAUCUCAGCCGCGGUUGCACACACUUCACGCACCCUUCGACUCAGCGAGAGAGUUGAAGAUUCCGGUGAAGAACACGCUGCCUCUGAGCAGAGGUGCAAGCCCAGGGUUGAAGCAUCAGACCUCGCAGAGUACGAAUGGCAAUGCCCAUGGUGCUGAGAUGGCAUCUGGCAAAGACACCCGGAUCAAGAGCACCCUUGGCACACGAAAUGACCGGUUCGGCCAGAACCAUAGCCGCCAGCAGUCGGCCGAUUCGAUCGCCAGCCACGACUCGACCAUGUUCGACGCCGCACGCGCUGGUGACUAUGGCGAGGACCAAUACAAUGACGGAGUGGAUGAGAAGACGGCUGUAUGGCGUGGGGAGGGGUUCAUCAAGCCUGCCGUGAACAAGCUCGUCGCCAGGGCGAACUCUGGUACAAAACAAGGGCUAUUUGGACAGGGUCCGUCCAUGGUUCAGCCAGGUGCACAACAGAGGUUGUACGUUGAUAAGCCCAUUGUUCGACGUGAUCGCGAAAUCGACUAUGAGGUUAGACCGGAUGACGACUCUACAACUGCGCUGUUCGAUGAGAAGGACCUCGACGCAAAGCAGUGGGAUGUGGGCGGAAUUCCCGAAAGCACACCUUCCAAGCAGGCUCCCCCAAGCUAUACUGGUAGACGUGCUGUCAGUACGACUCAACGACAGCGCAAAGUUGUGGCCCCCCAACCUGGUCGAGAUGACCGUGCAAGCUCGCCUAUGGACGAUCGAGACGACCAAGGCUUUGCUGUUGACUCCGGUCAAGAUGAUCAAGGCUUCGUUGCUAUUCCUGACCUUAAUGUCAUGAGAGGGUACGCUAAGAAGGGAAUUGAAGAACGCCGGAAGGAGGAGGAGGAGACUAAGCGUCAAGAGGCUGAACAGCAGGUCGUGCGCAAUACCACCAAAGUGGGUGCAUCUGUCGAAGUAUCCGAAGACGAGCGGUCCCCAUUUCCUACCCUGGCAGCUCGCGACAGCAGUAAGCGCGCUUUUGAUCAGAUCGACUACGACGAAGCACAACUGCGAACUAUGAGCUAUGCUCAACUGGACAAGACCGCGUUUCUGGAAGAUCCCAGACAUCCUCCGUCCAAGCCAGCGGUUGACGAGCACGGUGCAGCCAUCACACUGGAGCAGAAACUCGAGAAGCUUUCACAAAUGAACCUUGAUGACCAGAAAUCAUUCUUCCGUUCGCUGACAGAUGCUGAGAACGAGCAGACUGGGCAGUGGUUCAUGAAGACUUUUGGUGACAGUCUCAAGGAGCUCAUGCAGAAGCGUCUGGAGCGUCGCAAGAAGGCGCUCGAGUUUGAGCUAGAAGUCAAGAAGAGGCAGAAGGCUGUGGAUGUCAAAGCAGAGGAUAUCGAGCGUGAGUUGAACGAGCUCAAGAGAGGUGGCGGCGAUCUGUUACAGAACCGGAGCAGUCCUCGGCCUCGCACUGUUGGUAAGUGA